AUGGAUUCCAAGAAAAAGGGAAAGAAGAGGGGUAAGAAAAAUGAAAAGGAGACGAAAAUGUUAUCUGAAAAUGUUAAAAUGACUCCGAACGAGGAUCACCAAAAUGCUAACCAAGCCGAGAACGCAAAUGACUCUGCAAGUUCUACAGAUAGUGAAGAAUUAGUUAACGCUCUUAAUUAUAACACAAUAACAUCGUUAGCUGCUCUAAAAGAUAUUAUUCAAGGUGACAAUGACACACCUGAAACAGAUAGCUUUUUUCAACACUAUUUUAUGAAUCAUUGCAAUAAUCUUUCAAGUCGUAAUUCUAACUCAACAUCACCAUUUCCCUUUACUGAACGACGUAGAUUGUCCCAAUGCCGGGAAGAGGACGAGGAUGAUGAAAAGAAGGAUAAUGCAAAACAUAAAUCGAAUGGUUCUAUAGACUCAAAUUCUAAGAAAAGUGUUGAUGUAAAUAAUGACGGUAUAUCAAAACAACAAGAUGCGUUCAUGGAAAAGGAAUGCAAUGAGCAGGAAGUUCGUCAGCCAAUUGCUGACAUUGAAAAUCCUGAGUUGGAAGAAUCUUCAAAACGUACAGUUAUGGGUGCUAAACAUAAGUUCUUAGUGACAAAAGCAGAGACACCGGCUCCUAUCGAGCGAGCUCUACGUAUGCAUGUAAAUAAUGCUCAUACGGUUCAUUUUGGUACUAAAGGUGCCGAAGAACAAAGACCCAGUGUGAGAACCAUUUUUACAGGGCAGAAUCUCCAUCGUGACAAAAAUUACUUCGAUAGCAGUUUGAUUGAAAUUAGAUCUACAGUAGAUGGAUUACUUACGAGCUCAGAGGAUAUAUGGGUUAAGAGAACCGAAGAUAAAUCAGUGCCUAAAGAAGACAAUUCCAUUGUCCCCGGAGACUGUGAUAAAAAAGUAGCAAAUGACAGUCCAAGUGACCCGAAAACUUUGCAAGUGCGAGAGAGAUCAGGAACAUGGGGUUCACAAUCUGUUCCGAUAGAAAAAGAUGUGCCAAAGAAGACCACAAAGGAGAAAAAUGUACGUAGAAGCAGUGAUGACAGGCGACAGAAAAGAGAUCAACGUUUGGAUGCAGCUAUUACUCGCAGUUUACAAUCUGUUGGGGAACGCAGGCGUCGAGGGUCUGCUGACGAUGGCCAAGCGCAUCUCAUGUACCAACAAACCAUUCAUGGAACCUCCGGGGUGAGUCGAAGGCCCGCUUUGUUCGACAUGUUCAAGUCCCGACCCCGAAGUGACGCGAAGAAACAACCUUCUAUCAUGCAGCAAGUGAAGGCUGCAGUACAGAGUAUGACAAAAUCGGGAACAACGAGCAAAGAAUCAAUGAAGGCCGAAAUAGCGAAAACAGAAGUGGCAUCGAGUCCGACCAGUACUGCUGUAAAGACAAAAGACGGUUCAGCUCAUCCACACCCUGGAAGCGAUACUAGGUACUAUCAUACGGUGACCGCAUCGACGUCACGCCGGCCCAGUGCCAUGGCCAAAGUCAUGGACAUCUUCAGGGGCAGAGCUUCCAUGCCGGGGCAGACUGUGACCCUAGACAGCGCUGAGAAACGACGAGCGAGGGUGAUAGCUCAGCAACACCAUCAUGCUGCAGGGAGCAAAUGUGGAGCACCAUAUUAUUGUUUUACUGAAGCCAGUUUCGCCGGAUAUUCUCUGAAGGUGACCUCAUACGCGCAUGCGUCUUGUCUUAUAAAAUGCCAUCCGCAUUUAUUUCAAGGC